AUGGAAAGCGUACGCAGCUCACUCGCAGCGCACCUUCCAAAACGGGGAGGUCGUUUUCAUGAACCACCGGGCCAGUGGAAACAGUCCAUUCAGUUUCUCGACAGCGAUUAUUUAUUGACAGACGCAUACGAAAGCGUUUUGAGUGAAUCUCUGACAUGCGCUCUUCGAAGCUUUGAGAAGAAGACUGAACAAGCCGUCGGAGACACCCACAAGUCAGUGCUAUCUCGCCCAAUUCAGUUGCGCCUGCUCUGGGAGCUACAAACCGAGUUUCAACGUCUUGCAAACGAUGUACGAAAGCCACAACAAAUAUCUUCCAUGAUUGCAUGCAUACUUGCCUUCCCGUCGCUCACUUUCACGUCAAAACUUCUCAAAAGAAUUUCAACGCGUACUUCCAGACUUAGCCGAAGCGCGACUAAUGUAGAAUUUCACUCCACACGAGAAGUGUUCAUCAGGCCGGUUUGUGCUCCUCAAAAUUUCUACCUCGUCGUCUCUGUGAUCUGCGGAAGAAAUACGCCUGCUUCCGUGUCUGUUCAGCUAGCUCGUGAGGACUGCACUAGCGACAACUACUUCGACUGGGAAGCCUGGCGAGAUGCGUUCAAUGGACGGUUGCGCGGAUUGAAAGGAUGGCAGAAGGCACAAGGGAUGAGCGUUUUUGAGGAAUGCACUACGUAUGCAAGCAUCAGAAGGAGCAUUGAGAGGUGGAAACUUCCUGAUCCCCGAACUGGUUCACAGCUUCGAAUAUGGGCUGGCUGGCUGCCGCAUCGCCCCGUCAUCGCCAAAUACGAGCUUGGCACGGAAGGUCUCAUCCGGCAAUACGCCAUAUCCGGGAAUGGCGCUGAAGAAGGGAAACCGAUCGAUUAUGCCAUCGCAAGUCGAGAAGAUUUGCGCUACUCGCUCGGGGCUGUGGAAGAACGAAUUUUUCAAGUACAAAGAAUCGAACGUGAAUCAAAAGGUGAAGAUAAACCACAUCCAAGACAUACUUCUGUUGUUGCAAAACCUGCAGACCAGUUCCUCGAGCAGGGAAAGAAAUUGUUGGACGGCAAAAAAGGCAAUAUUCCGCUUGCCCUUCAGUAUUUUGAGCUCGCUGCUAGAAAUGGAAACGUAGACGGUUUGCGAUAUGCAGUUGACCUUUUAAUGGACAAGACGUCGGGCCACGUCAACCUAAACAAGGCCCUUUUUCUGACAAAGCGCUUUGAUUGGAUGCUAGGAACACGGGAUUCCACUGUACAGGAGAGGGCGCAGGCAAUCGAAGAGAUCUAUCAAAAACUACUGACCCGCACUCGAAAUGCAUGUAGUGUUGUCCUUGGUUUUGCUGCAUUUGAGCUACAGCGCAUAGAGAGGAUGGAGUUCAACGGUGCCAUGAGUACCGGUGACGUGAUGAAUAUUCUUGCUCAAAGCUUUCGACAAUCCGGUCAUAUCGAAACGCUGCGGUAUAUAGUUAUCCUUUCCGUCCAUUCGGCCUGGCUCAGGGCAAAUAUCAAUCCUCUAGGUACCACGGAAUUGUUGCCAGUGACCAGUUGGGGUUCGUGGCUGAUAUCCUCAUCGAGCCAACGGGCCAUGCUGGGCAACAGGCACUUCAGAAGGGCGAGAGGAGGCCGCAGUUUGCUCGAGAUAUUUUUUUAUACUGCUGGAAAGAGCACAAGAGAUUGGGAAUGGCUUGACGCUGUCAUUCAACGUGACGAUAUAAUGCGAUAUAUCCGUGAAGAUGCCCUUGAAGAAAUAAUCCAGAAGAAAGACAAAGGAGCACCAGAACGGAACAAGAGCAUUCUUCGACUACUUCGUCGGGCUCUAAAGGAUUAUCGUAGCUCUGCGAAGGCCAGUAUUCUUUUGGGUGAGAUAUAUGAGAACGGAGUUGUAGGGAUAGACCCAUCUUUGCAGUCAGCGAUAGAGGUGUAUGGAGAAGGAGCCCGACAAGCAAAUCUUGAAGCGACCGAGAGGCUUGGCGCAAUUUUAAAACGACUUCCGCAAGAAAAUCAGAGUUGCCGAUUCAAAAUUCUAGAAGCACUACGUGAAAGCGAGAGCCCAAAAAAUGCAAGAGCAAGCUUCGUUCUGGGAGAUUGGUAUGAGCAUGGAUUAGGUGGUGUCCAAACUGAUCUCCAUCAGGCCAUACAGUUAUACGGGAAGGCAGCCAAGUUACACGACAAGUUGGCGGCAGAGAGGCUCGGCGACAUAGUACGUCAGGACUGGACCGAGACUGAUGGAGCGCAUCAAAGCGCUCUGAAGUUACUACAAGAAGCUGCUCGCGAUAGAGACGAGAAUUCUGCUUUAAUUUUGGGCGGAAUCUAUGAAGCCGGGUUGAAAGGCUUGGUUCGAGAUUGUGGCAGAGCGGUUGAGCUAUAUCAUAUCGGGCUUGAUCAGGGGAAUUACGAGUCAUCGGAACGAUUACGGAUAAUCGCCCAAAGCAAAGCCGUAGAGUGCAUGGUGCUUAGACACCAAAUCAUCGAGAGGUUGUACGAUUCUGUCCUAGAGGGGAAUGCGCAGGCGGCCCGGGUACUGGGGAAUUUGUGUGAGAACGGUUUGGAUAUUGUGGCAUCCAAUGAGACGGCAUUGUCGCAACUUUGCGCGAUGAAGUUUUACGAUAGCUACGUGAUUCGCCUCCUUGGCAGCGUGGCCAUGCGAAAGGAAAGUAAGGCUUUACCCAUCAUGCAGGAAAUUCUUCAAGCUCUGUUCGGAGCGGCGGAGUUGGGUAUAUCUGAUGCGGCGGUCGCACUCGCUAACAUUAAAGAGGAGGAAAAGAACAUUGCUGACGCUGUUGAGGUGCUUGGGAUCGCGGCAGUGUCCGAAGGUGAUGUUACGUCAAUUUCCCGGCUUGGGAAAAUGGCCCUUGAGCACAAUGGAAGUGUAAAGGCACGGGUGAUGCAGAUUCUGCAUGAGGCAUCUGAUCUUGAUCAUAUACACGCAAUUGCAGUUCAAGCUCUCGUCUUGCAAAAGAGUGCCAAAGGAGACGUCAAGACUCGUUAUAUGUCAAAAGCAGUCGAGUUUUUCGCCAAGGCUGCUCAUACCGGACACGAUGGUGCGGUUGUAUUGCUUCGCAACAUUGCAUUUAGUCACUGCGGAGACGAACAUGGACGAAUAGCAUUGGAAAAUCUGAUCGAUGUUGCAUGGCGCGAAGGUUGCUCUGAAACCUGCGCAACUCAAGCUCUGGAUGCUGUUGGGUAUGUACUGGAUACGUCACAAUGCAGCAAUUCGGAAAAUGCAGCAGCUUCUCUCGAUUUGUUCCAAGAAGUCUCGGGGAGGGUAUACAGUCACCAAUACUCAAGUUUUCAUCAACUAGAAGUUGCUUUUAGUGCGGCAAGAGGACUGAAAGCUCUAACGACCAGCGGGCGCUCAACCAAAGAUAUAAAAGAACAAGCAAGAUUGAGACUUCAAGAGUACGCUGAAGAUGGUCGAGAAGGCCCAAUGGAGUUCUUUGCUGGAUGUCUUCUGAAUGAAGUGCCCAUGGACGAGGAGAAUAUGCCAGAAGUGGUCUCACAUAGUUCGGAGACCAGGAACGUGGAGGCAAGGAACGUGGGGAAAAGGAACGUGAAGGCGCAGAAGGCGCUUCAGUUGUAUGCAGAUUUGAUCAAAAUGGAACGUGCCAAGACAUCGCGUCGCGGUUUGGGGCACGAUGAAAAGGCAACGCGUAUUGGAGAAGCGGAAAUCAAGGGAAUGAGACGAGGGGUUGCACUACUGGAAUCCCCUGGUUUAACGUCCGAGCAAGAUGCAGGUCUGCGGGACCAAUUGCUGAAGAGAUGCAACAUACUGGAAACUAAAGUGAAAGGCCAUCGAGCGCACUUGAGAAACUUAGCAAACAUAUUGGAAUGGCACUGACGUCUUGGACGACUUUUCGUUUAAUCAGUGUUAUUUAUUUAUAUUGUAAAGUAUACUGUACAUUCGCGUCAUCAUACUCGUACGAGCCGUACUUGCGCGGCAUCGACAAGAGUACAAGAUGUACCUCAACGCGAUCAUAGCAGUCGAUUCCCA